GCAGUACUUCUACACAUAAGAUGCUUUUAAUACAGUACUUAUUGUGCAAUACAUUGAGCCAAAGAAAACAUUUUCAAUUACCACUACAAAUUUAACUUCAUAUAUCACAACUGAGACUUGGUUCCCCCAUUUCCUGUUGUUUUACAUGGAAGUAAUGUAACAUAAAAAGUUUUGAAAGUGAGGGGAAUGAUUUACAAUGCUUAAUGUAUUUCAAGCUCUGCCAUGAAAAAUAUGAAGGUUUGGAAAUGAAAUUUCACUAUGUUCAGAUACAAAAUGUAUAUACCCUGUAUUGUAUAUUUCAUCUAACUGUAUUGUAGGAUUCUUACCCCCUUUACCAAUAAGAAAGUAGUGAUCCCAUAUGAUCCUGUUAUGAAAUUAUUUCCUAUGCCUUUGUAAUUUAAUGAUUUAAUGUCUACGAUUAUUUUGAUUUGAUUGUCUCGAUAAGUCACUCUAAGAUUGUGGAUUCAUCUGUAAAACUUCUAUGGACCCACACAAUUAAUUUCUUUGCAGCAUCCCAAAUGCACUCCAUGAUUCUAUGAUCGAUUGAGCAAACUUUCUGGAGGCAUUGGGAUGGAGUGAUCCAUUAGUAAUGGCUUCUGUUGAAGUCACUCUCUUUUUCAUUCAUCAAUGUGUGAAGUAUUAACAGAAUAAAUAGAAAAGGAAUUCCCUUUUGAUCUAAACAUAAUCAAUAAUGUAUGUGUAGAAAAUGGAUGUUCAGUCAUGUUCUUUCACAGAGAAAGCAAGUUACUUCAAUUGCCAUAUUUAUAGAAGGAAUAACAUAUCAUUGCUCUAAUGCUUAUCAAGUGUGCUUCCAGGUUUUCAGGAUUGAGUGUGCAAACUUUCUUGGUAAAUACAGGCCAGUGAUUGAGAAGGAAUGAUACAUCAAGGUAUCUGACAAGUUUGCUGUCUUCUUGCUUUCUUUGUCUACAGAGUCGUGAGAUGACGGUGGAGGUCCACAACGAGAUUCUGAGAGUACUCAAUGAAUUAUUUGCAGAAACCAAGUCUUACCACACAGCCCAUGGCACAUUCAAGACAACAGAUGACAAGCUACAGCAAAUACAAAGUGACCUCGAAAAGGCAAGGAAAAAGGGUCGGAGAGUCAAGGAACAUGAGAGAAAUUUUGACAAGAGUCGUCAAAAACUUGAGAAUGCACAGGUGAAAGCAGCAAGAGCCAGGAAUGACUACCUUCUUGUUAUCUCAGCUGCUAAUGCUACUAUACAGAAGUACUUUGGACCAAAUGUUACUGAGCUCAUUGAUUGUUUAGAUCUUGGCUAUGUGAGGAAGACCCAGAAGAUGUUGUAUGCCUUCCAGACCUCAUUGAACCAGGUGGUCAAGCUCCAGCAGGAAGAGCUACAACGAUUGGAGCUUAACAUCCGUAACAUGAAUGCCAAAAAAGAUAAGGAGGCUUUCCUAGAGAAUCACAAGGCUGCAUUCUCCACACCUGAUACAUUCCAAUUCCAACCACAUGGGGGAGAUAAUGUGACAUCGAUGAUUGCAGAUAUAUAUCCUUUAAAUGACGAACUGAAAUCAAAGUACAACACUCUUGGAGAGCGCAUCAGUCAGUUAGAAUUAGACACUAAUGAGAUCAGUAAGACACUGAAGGAGAUGCAAGCUAACUGGGAGGAAGAUACCUCUAACUCUAAUGAAGAUGAAGUACAAGCACAGUUCAGGAGUCUAAGGACGCAUGAUUCUUCCUCAGAACUAUCAAGAGCGCCCUCUAUGAGACGAAUCAAAGCAACACAAGAGAAAGAAAUGUUCUACCUUGGAAAAUUCAAGGAACAUCUAGAGAAGGGUAAUGCCUUAGCAAGAAUGAAAUCCAGGAGAGAUAUCAUCAAAGAAGCUCUAGGAACAGCUGGAGAAUCAAGAGGAAAUAUCGGUACAAGACCAAACAAUCAUCUUCAUAAGAAUGAAGGGAGACUAACAGAGCGACCGGGUUCAGUCUACAUGCCUUUGUUUGGUGCUGACCUACAGAAAUAUCUUGAAUCUGGACAAUAUGAAAUCCCACCCAUUGUCCUUAGUUGUAUAGAUUUCAUCUCAGUUUAUGGUCUGAAUCAUCAUGGUAUCUUCCGUCUCCCUGGAUCACAUCUAGAAAUCAAUGAUAUGAAAGAAAAGUUUGAAAAAGGCCAGGAUCCUAUCUAUGGACUCGGAGAGGCUGGUGAUGUGAAUGUAGUUGCUAGUGUCCUCAAGGCUUACUUUAGAGAGCUUCCAGAACCACUCUUCCCUAUCAGUCUAUUUGAUGACUUCAUGGAAUGCAUUAAAUUACCACCAGGGAAGGAGAGGAUAGAUAUGCUAGCAGAAUUGAUUUCUAAGGUGCCAGUAUCUGUCAUGGUCAUCAUGAGAUAUCUCUUUGCCUUCCUAAAAAAACUUUCUCAGUACAGUGAUGAGCACAUGAUGGACUCUCACAAUCUUGCCUUAUGUUUUGGGCCAACCCUAAUACGACCUCCUGAUGGUUACGAUGAGGUCUACUACCAGACUAACAUCAAUGACCUUGUUGACACCAUGAUUCUAUUUCAGAAUGAGAUCUUUCCACCUACCCCUGGUCCCUGUUACCAGGGUGGUAAUGCUGCUGAUAUCAGCCCCACAGGAAGUUUAGAGACUAUUCCAGAGUCAGUUGCUGAUGAAACAGAUAAUGCUAUGGAUAUGCCUCUUAUAGCUACAGCCAAGGAAGAUUACAUAGGGAAAUCCCCUGAUGAGCUCACUUUCACUAAGGGGGAUUCCCUAAAGCUGUAUAUGAGGGUGGAUGAUCAGUGGUGGAAGGGUGCUUUAGGUGAUCAACAGGGGCUUGUACAGCAAUCACAUGUCGUCUUAGCAGAAAUGGAUAAGUCAUUACCAGGCAGUCUGGCCACCAGCACCUCAUCCUCUACGACGGCCAGCCCGGACCACAUCCGUCACCUCAGCGAUGAGCUAAGGCAUACCACUGUAAAUGAUGCAACCAACUCUGCUUCAACACCAGAUAUUGUACGAGAUGUUGUGAAACCUGUUCAUUCCUUCUACCCUCCUUCAGCCAUGCCUUUGAGAGUACCAGUAGGUAUUCCUACAGGCCCAUCAUCGUCCACACCAACCACACCUACUGGUUCAGCUAGGAAACCACCGCCAGUCAAGCCAAGGCCAUACCGUCCCAAAACAUCUUUCACAACCAGAAAUGCAUCACCAUCAAAAUCACAAACUCUUUAGUUGUAUAGCAUCUAUUUUAGUUGUACUGUCAUAUAUUUAUCAUGUCUCUUUUUUCAUCAUAUGUUGUCUUUUGUUCUAUCAUCCCUUGAAUGCCUUUCUGUCUGUUUAAUUGCUUUUAGCUUAGCAUUAUCUCCAUAGUUUUGAGUGUUUAUUAUAAUGGCAAUAAUAAAUUGUAUACAGGAACUGUAUGGUUAUAUUUCAGGCCAUACAUAUAAAUAUUUUAAGGGCAAGGCGAAUUUUCUAUCGGGCAUAUUUCUAUAUUACAUCAGGAAAAAGAAAGAGGCCACACAAAAUAUCCCAGGCGAAUGAGAGGGCAUCCGCAUGGCCAUGGCCUUUAAUGGACUUGGAUUAUUUGAAGACCUUAGGUUUCAUUGUAAAACUGUUGAUAUAUAUAUUUGAAUCUCUGAAGGACCAUGCAAGUAGUACAUUUCAAAAUAAAAUAUCAGAUAUUUACUACUUGCAUUAACCAUGUCAAACCAAAAGUCUAAGACAAAAAGCUGAGAAUAUUGUGUUCAGUGCUGAUUCAGAUAUUCAUAACCAAAGACUGUCUCCAAAAGGAGGUCACAAUGCAUGAUAUUAGGUUUCUUUUUAAAUAAGAAAAUGAAACUGGCAUUAGUAUUUUUCUCUUUGUAUAGAUAGCAGUGCAGUUUCAAUAAAAAGAUCAUUAAUUUUUAACUAAAAUGUCACAUGAAGCAGAUUUUCAGUAUUUUUAACAUUUCCUUCAUCAGUAAAUUAAGAGGACUAUGCCUUUUAGAAAUAUGGAAACCCAACAACUGAAAAAAAUGUUUUUUAAAUUUGUCAUCUCUGCUAGCUUGAGAAUUUUGUACACCAAGAAACUUUCUUUUCACCAAUAUCCUCAACCCUCAAAUGUUUUAGUCACUUUUCUGAUUUUUGUUAAAUCAAUAUGUUGUCAGAAUAUCCAUCCUGUGGUAUUGUUUUAAAACCAUUGAAGAAAUGCACCCCUAUUCUCCUCUUGUGUGGCUCACACCUCUGUGUUUUAAGCUAUGUAUUGCUGCUUUAGCCAAAAAACAGCCAUAUGCAGCCUAACAAAGCAGACUAUUCAGCAAAAUAUUAUGUUGCAAUCACACUUUUGCAUACAAGUUCAUAUAUUCAGUUUCACUCAUUAAAGCUCACUGGCCCGAGUAAGCUACUCGCCGUUAUCAUUUGCUAUUUUGCUUGUUACCACUCAUCCUUGCUGGUAUGGAUUUUGGUUGCAUUCAGUUGCAGAUGUUGGAGCAAAUUUCAAACUACCAAGCUAGAAUGAAUGUAGGGUUGUUAGUCUGUACAUUCAUUCACCUCAUAGUAGCUUUUUUAAUUGUUUUCCUUGACUGUGAUUGUCUUGUGUUCAGGCGAUACGCAGCUUAGCACAAGUCUAAAUGCAAAGGUGUGAGCCAGAAUUAAGGAUUGACCCAUUUUAUAUUGCACCAACAAGUUCCAUAAUCCACUUCAAAGGUGCCUCUGAUAUUUGUGCCAAACUUCAUGUGCUUUUUAUCUUCCUUACUACCUUUGCUUUGUCUUUGUAAAUCAAUUUUUCUGAUCAUUGUAAACUAGACAACCAUUUUGCUCUGUUUAUAUUGUUUUUUUUUUGCAUUGUCACUUGAUUUCUGCUAAUACAGGGUUUGAUUUAAAUAUUUUAUAUCCAUUAUGAAAGUACUUAGUAUUGGCAGUGUAAUGUCACAGCUCAGAGCCACCUACUGUAUGAUAAGGUCUAUGAUAUGAAAAUGUUUAAAGUUGGUUUGUAUAUACUUUUCAAAUAUUACUCCUCUGAGAUUUAAGUUUGAUUAACCAUUAAUGGUCUACAUUUGGUAUAUUCACACAAGAGAUGAAGGCUUUCUUGUGUUGCAUAUUAUCUAACCUGCAACACAAACUGGUUGUAUGGAAUGGAUUUGUAUACCUUAUUGUUCUUUUGUGUUCAUUCUUUAAGUAAUCUUCAUUCCUGAAUUUGGUAUAUUCAAUGAAUUGUUACAAUGAGAUUGAUACCUGAAAAGAUGUUUACAACUGACUGUUGUAGUCCAGUGCAGUAUUUAUGAAUAAAUGGAAUGAAGAAACUGUUUGCUAUGCACAAUACAUGCAAGAUUUGCAAUGACUUAUAUAGCAACACAAUUGUUUUAUAUUGAAUAUUAUGCUGUCUGCGAGUAAUUAUCCUAUGGAUAUGCAUUUAGAAAAGUUACCCAUGUAAGUAUGGAAUGUGCAAAGAAAGUGUAUUAUUGUCAUACAUUGUUUUCUCCUGGAGAUACAUGGAAUACCAUGAGUAGUGUCAAAUUACUUCAUAAUGAUAUAAGAACCUGAAUAUGUGGGAAAACAUAUAUGCUUAUAAAAAUCUAUGGAGUAAAAUAUGAUUUAUUUUACAUUUAAUAACUUUCAAUCCCAGGUUGUGGGGAAGUGUUCAUUUGUGACAGUGGCAAAACUCUAGAUCUUUGAAGGCAGAACUUGAUGUCUUUUGGAUAGAAAAGAGACAAGAUUUUGAUAAAAAGUGGCUUGAUAAUCAUCUUGCAAUAAUCUUAGUAUUUGGAAUUGAAUUUAAAUUAGUUAUUGUAAAACAACACAUAAUGAAUUAGGCAUGAAAUAAUAUUCAUUUGGGCUGUAAUGUGUGUUUUGAAUGCAAUCAUUCCAGCUGUGAGAGAGAUAUAUUUUAUUAUAAUUAGUAUUACCCAUGGUGAUAUAUUACCUUUCUGAAAGUAUCAGAGAUUACCUGAUUGCAGUCCAUUAUUCAGCAAAGUAUACAUGGCAAGCAUUGUACAUAUUUUUGUACACUUAGAUAUACAGUAAUACUAAAUUGGCAGUUAUUUUGUAAAUAUAUUUUGUAGACAUGGGAAAUGACUAUAUUAGAACUGCCCAGAUCAAUUACAUAUUUGUCCUGGAUUCUUAUAACAGAAAAGAAUUGCACUUCCAUAUCUUAGAGGAAUCACUCAAUAAUAUUUAAUGUGAUAUAAGAUAAAGAUUAUUGAAUAUUUAUAAAAUGUCUUGAAAUUUUGAUGUACUUGUAUUAAACAUUCACUGAUUAUCUGAUAUGUAUAUAUUUCAUUCAAAAGUAAUCAAUUUUGAUUUGAUUAUAUUAAAUUCAAGCUGCAUUUCUAGUUAUUUAAGUGAACAAGAGUAGAAUAUUAUUUCUAUAAAAUCUCUUUGGUUCAUUAAGAUUUGUUUUUGCUGAAUGUAAAAUUGAUUAAACCAUGGUGUUCAAAUUGUAAGAUAAAGUCUAUGCCUUUUUUGGUGUAAAAUGCGGUGCUUCCUUUUUGCAAAUCAUACUAAAUUAAAGUAUUUUGAUAAAAAAAUACCUAGUGACACCUUACUAUGCUAUCAGUAGCACAUGUGUUGCAAUGAAGUAAUAAUUUGUUUUCUUUAGUACUAAUGUAACUUGUUGAUUAUAAACUAGUCUUGCACCCAUCUGUGUUAAGUUGCCUAUAAUAGCAUACUAUAAACACACACAUACACACCUGCUAUUGAAGAUUUUUUGCAGGUCCUUUUUCUUAUUUUAUUAAUAUGAAUUGAAAUGAAUUUUAAUAAUUUGAAAAUUUUGGCUUGUAUUUAAUAUAUUCUUAUAAAAUUUGCAAUAUAACAAAACAUUACCAGAGUCAAUAGAAGUAUUUUGAAGUUCCUAAAGGAAUCUAAACUUCUUGAUGCAAAGUAUAUGUUGGUUAUUAAAUGUAUUUUGUGCAAAUGAACUACAUUCGAAUCAGAAUGAAUUAUAUUGAAAAUAUACAGUAGGAUUUAUUAUUAUUGUAAGUUUGAAAGAAUUUGCUCUAUAUAUUUUGAAUAUGUGCAUAAUACACACAUUAUAUGAUUUUUUUAUAUAAAGUAUGUCCUCUUCAAUGUACAGUCCAUUUUCUUUUCUGCAAAGCCAUACCUUUGUAUUAAUUCUUGUUUCAUGUGCUUUUUUAAACCAUCUCAUAGUGCACUUUCUUGGUUCAAUUAUUCCAGCUGUUUAUAAGGGGUAUGAUUAUAAAUACUUUGUAUUUCUAUGAAUUGUGAGGACUCGUUAGAAAUAACAUAAGCACAAUUUGCAUUUAACAAGAAAAAACGUUUUAUGUUUCAUUUAUUUGGUUGUCUUUAAUAUUUAUUUUCUGUUAGUGUCAAAAUUAAAUACCACAAGGAGAAACAUUUCAGAAGUCUAUAUGGUAAUCCAACCACAUUAUCAAUAUUUUAAUUGACAUGGAAGUAGAAAAUAAGAAACUCUUAUAAAAUUGAAAAAAAAAUCUUGAUAAGUUGUUUGCUAGUUUUUGUCUCUUUUUAUUAAUGAGAUCUCUGAAAAAAUGUGGAUCUUGUUUGGUCAAUGAUACUGUUCAAUAAGCAAAUUAUGCAGUAAAUUUUAGUGAAUUAUCAGGGCAACUUUCUUCUCAGAUGUCCAAAAAUAAUUUUGAAAUUGUAAAGAUAUUGGAUCCCACAUGAAAGAAACAAUAUGAAUUGUACAUUAAAAUUGCAUAUUGACACAAAAGGGAGAAAGAAGCCAAGCACCUCGUCACAAAAUAGUCAACCAAUAAAGAUAUGUCUACCUUAAUCAUUAUAAAUCUAGUUUGAAUUAACUAAUAAUAAUCGGCUUCUAUGAUUGCUAUGCCUUCUUCAUUUGAUAAAUGUUGGUUGCAGUUGGAUUUCCCUUAACAGAUUACAAUUAGAACAAUGAUAUCAGAGUAGUACUAGUCAUGAACAGUGAAAUCAGUUAUAACUCUUGGUUCAUACACAAUGAACAUUUAUAUCCCAUUGCUAUUAGUAAUCUAUGUGGUUAGGAAGACAAGUCAUUUGGUUAAAGCAAUUCAAGCAGGGAGGGUGAAAGAUCACAUCAGAUUCUAGAUUUCAAUCUAUAAAGUUUGACCUUUGAAGUUGUCACUUACAUCGGGGGGGGGGGGGGCACUUGCAUUGACGAGUGGAUACCAGGUUCGACUAAAGAAACGCAUAAAAAUGAUCUCUUUUAAAAUUUGGGCACGUUACAUACGUAACAUAAUAAGGGUGUAAAAAAAACCACUAAAAUACUGAAAAAAGGGGUAUAUAUUUCGCUAGGAAAGCUACGUGUUGACGGUCAAAUUGCGAGGGUAUAAAAAUACUGAAAUGCUUUAUAAAGGAUGUACUAGUUGCCCCAACAUCACUACGUGUUUGGAGUCAGAUUUGAGAGAGGUGUGGCAGUACUAAACCCAAAGUAAGUAAAGGUAAAUACGACGUACAUGAUCACAUCUGUGACAUAACCAUCAAAAUAUCACUGUACUUGUUUAGGGGGUCAAUUCAGGGAAUAUUUGUCAAGGGUGCCGUUUUGUUUCCAAUAAUUGUUAAGAGUAGGGUUUCACAUGCCAAUACUUGUUAUGGGGUGCAUUUUCAGAAUAUGGAAAAUACUUGUUUAGGGUGCUUUUCGAAACCCCACGGUCAUUCCUGGUAUCCACUCAUCAAUGGAAGUUGCACCCUGGGACCUGCAUAUGCAUACAAGAGUCCAGUUUGAAUCUGAUCUCUUAAACUGUUUUGUUAGAACAAGAUAUAUUCAUGUAUGUCAUGACCUCUCUGACCAGAUCAUCCUCACAUAUCCCUUGUUUCACACAGGCUUGAAAAAAGAUAAUUCAGAGAUAAUCACUUCUGAAUGUUUACACUUUGAUUUUGCUUAUUCUUUUAACAAGUUUGCUGAAUAAAUUAUGGAUUAUCUCAUUAAAGCCAAACCAUUCUUUAGGCAUGCCUUUUUUCUGAAUUGAUGUUAAAUUUGGAUGUCCAUUCAUUGAAAGGAAAUUUUAAUGUCACAUGCUUGGAAACAAUUUCAAGAAGUGGCAGAUUUACUCUGCAGGUAAAACAUAUGGUACAUCAGGCAUCUUUGUUAAGUUAUUUAUGAGGCACUUUUAUUUUCAUUAAUCACCAUAGUAACACAAGCAUUUCUGGAACUCUGUGGAUGAGAUUCUGAUAAUUAAGCCUAGGUUUAAUCCUAGUCUGAUCUGGUAACCACACUAAACCACACUUUUAUGGAAUACUGGCUUCAUGAUAUUUUUCCAUAUAUUUUGAUAUUUUCCAAUUCUUCCCAUGUCACAACUCAAUUAAUCUUUUGAAAACUGUUUGCAGCAUGAUAAGAAUAAUUUCAAUUGGUAAAUAAAUUCAUAACUGGCACUCAAUAAAGGUGUGGUCUCAGUUAAGCAAGGUUUAACAAAACCAUGGCUAUCAGACCACCACCCUGAGAGGAUAACAAUGUUCAAACACAUGAAGAAAAAAAAUCAAUUACAAUUUUCUGUUUCUACCAGAUCACUAAUGACGGAUGAUAACCAUACAUUAGCUGAAGUUUGAAGUUGGUUCUUCAUGCGGUUCUUAUCAUGAAAAUAAGAUAUUUCAAUAUAUAUUAGGACCUCCAAACUUUACCCUUGAUACCCUAAAACUAAUCAGAUCAGUUUACAUUCACUUCUCAGAUAAUCUAAUACUACAUCAAAUAUUGAUCUACACUACACUUAUUCUAAUACCCAAUUACUCUCAUUCACAUUUACAUACCUGCCAACAUUUAGAAAUGUAAAAUCUGGACAACCAAUGUCCGAGGGUCCUGGGGGCCGGCUAAGUCUUUGGUGGGGUCCAGACCCAUGCGGGGGUCAAGAAAGAGACCAAGAAUGAGUUUUAAAUGAGACCAAACAGAUAGUAGAUAAAGCAGGUGUAAACCAAAUGGCAAUUUCCAAUUAGAUCAUCAAUUACAUAUGCAUACUUGGACCAAGUAUAAAGUUGAUAAAUAUGUCAAACAGUUAUUAAAACUGGCUGGUAUCCCAACUACAUUAACAUAAACUGAAUUUUUCUUUUGGCAUAGAAAACCACUUCUCAAGCACAGAUCAGAAUUUUUGUAAAGAUUUAUUAGGAUGUAGUCUUUAGCUUUCUGGUAUGCAAUAAAAAAAAAUUCUGAGCAAAGGCAUUCACAGUGCCUUUUUUUCAAGGAAAAUAAAAAACAAGUGAAACGCCUCUGGCAGUCUCGCCUGCAUUACGCGAUUUAAUAUAGUAGCAGUGCUAACUUUGAAAACUACUAUAAAAUAAUCAUUCACAAAAACACCAUUCAUAUAAUGACAUAAUACCACGUUCAUUGACCAUAGAUGACAUUUGAACGGUGACUUAAGACUUGUCAACUACACCCAUGUCCACAUUUCAUUCACUCUAUCCAUAAACCUUAAUGACCUUAAAUGACCAUUGACCAUGGUCAGGUGACCUGAAACUCGCACAGGAUAUUCAGUGGUACUUGAUUAACCUAAUGUCCAAGUUUCAUGAACUAGAUCCAUACAUUUUCAAAGUUAUGAAGGUAAUUCAACAAAUACCCCCAACUUGGCCAAAGUUCAUUGACCCUAAAUGACCUUUGACCUUGGUCAUGUGACCUGAAACUCAGGAAGGAUGUUCACUAAUACUUGCUUGACCUUAUGUCCAAGUUGACCUUAUGUCCAAGUUUCAUGAACUAGAUCCAUAAAUUUUCAAAGUUAUGAUAGUAAUUCAACAAAUACCCCCAACUUGACCAAAGUUCAUUGACCCUAAAUGACCUUUGACCUUGGUCAUGUGACCUGAAACUCGAGCAGGAUGUUCACUAAUACUUGAUUAACCUUAUGCCCAAGUUUCAUGAACUAGGUCCAUAUACUUUUCAAGUUAUGAUGUCAUUUCAAAAACUUAACCUUUGGUUAAGAUUUUGAAAAUAAUUAUCCCAACAUGGUCUCAGUUCAUUGACCCUUAUUGACCUUUGACCUUAGUCAUGUGACCUGAAAGUCAGGCAGGAUGUUUAGUAAUACUUGAUUAAUCUUAUGUCCAAGUUUCAUGAACUAGGUCCAUAUACUUUCUAAGUUAUGAUGUCAUUUCAAAAACUUAACCUUAGGUUAAGAUUUGAUGUUGACGCCGCCGCCGUCGGAAAAGCGGCGCCUAUAGUCUCGCUCUGCUAUGCAGGCGAGACAAAAACUACCAAGAA